AAACUGUUCAAUCAAGUACAUCAACUAUCAAGUUAAUUUUCUUUUGGAGGCAAAUAGAAAGGAGAAAAACCAUCUUUUUAUAGAAUACACUAAAGAUGCCACUUGAAGAAGAAAAAAUAGAAAUUCGAUCCGACACUAAACCUGAGGACGAAAAGAAAGAAGAAGCUCAAUUUGAAGAGCAUGAACAUGUUGAGCAUGAAGAUGAAAUCUCGCCUGAAUUAGAGCUAUUGCUUCACACUGAUCCUGCUACUGGUCUGACUUCUGCUGAGGUAGCUGAAAGAACUGAAAAGUUUGGUCUAAAUGAAUUGCCUGAAAGAAAAAGAAAUCCUAUCAUCAAAUUCUUGCUCUAUUUUACUGGCCCUAUUGCUUACUUGAUUGAGAUUGCCUGUAUUAUUGCCGCUGUUGUAGGUGACUGGCUUGAUUUUGGUAUCAUUUUGGCUUUACUGUUUAUCAAUGCUUUAAUUGGUUUUAUUGAAGAAGCAAAGGCUGAAUCCGCUUUGGAUGCUCUCCGUCAAACAUUGGCUUUAAAGACUCGUUGCUGGAGAAACGGUGAAUUGGUUGAAAUCAAUGUAAAGGAAUUGGUGCCUGGAGAUAUUAUUGUACUUCGUAUUGGUGAUAUUAUUCCAGCUGAUGCCAAGCUUCUUGGUCUUGGUGUAAAUGGUGAAAUCAAUGAAACAGAACUUCAGAUUGAUCAAAGUGCUCUUACUGGUGAAUCUCUUCCUGUGGCUAAGAAGAAGGGCUCCACGGUUUACUCUUCUAGUAUUGUCAAGCAAGGUCAGAAUCUAGCUAUUGUUACCAAGACCGGUGUUCAUACCUUUAUUGGUCGUGCUGCCAACUUGAUUGCUAUCACAAAUGAAGAAGGUCAUUUCCAAAAGAUCAUCGCAAAGAUUGGUAAUGUCUUAAUUUGGUCUACCAUUGUUCUUGUUCUUAUCAUUUUGGUUUAUCAAUUGGUUGCUUUCCGAGGUACUCCUGAUGGUGACUGGAAGAAAGUGCUUGAACAAUGUCUGGUCUUGACAGUGGCUGCUAUCCCUGUUGGUCUUCCUACUGUGAUGUCUGUCACAAUGGCUCUCGGUGCUAAGCAGUUGGCUGGUAAGAAAGUGAUUGUCAAGCGCUUGACAGCUGUUGAAGAACUUGCCUCUGUUUCUGUUCUUUGUUCGGACAAGACUGGUACUCUUACCUUAAAUGAAUUGACUUUUGAUGAACCUUGGUUGACAAAUGGCUAUACAGCAGAUGAUAUUCUCCUCUACUCUUAUCUAGCUGCAGAACAAGGUGCAAAUGAUCCUAUUGAAUUUGCUGUUCGUCGGGCUGCUGAAGGCUCUCUUGAAAUCUUAAAAAACCGUCCUGCAAAGACUCUGGAUGUUCCUGGUUACAAAGUCACUUCUUUCCAACCUUUCAAUCCCAACACUAAAAUGACUGAAGCUACUAUUUUGGAUUUGGCUACUAAUCAAUCUUUCCGUGUGGCCAAGGGUGCUCCUCAAGUAAUCACUCGUCUUGCAGGUGGCAGUAAUGAUGCUGUCAAUGCUGUAAACUCUUUGGCUCGUCGUGGUCUUCGUGCUCUUGGUGUUGCAAAGACUGUUCCUGGAGACUUGUCCAAGUUUGAAUUGGUUGGCAUGAUCUCUCUUCUUGAUCCUCCUCGUCCUGAUUCUGCUGCUACCAUUCGUGACUGUAACUUACUUGGUGUUGAUGUCAAGAUGAUUACUGGUGAUCAAUUGAUUAUUGCCAAAGAAGUGAGUACUCGUCUUGGUAUGGGUCGUGUUAUUCUAGAUGCCAAUCAUUUGGUUGAUCCUACAAAAUCAGAAGAAGAAGUAACUGAACACUGUCGUCGGGCUGAUGGUUUUGCUCAAGUCAUUCCUGAACACAAGUAUCGUGUGGUUGAAUUGCUCCAAAACAAGGGUUACUUGGUUGGUAUGACUGGUGAUGGUGUUAAUGAUGCUCCUGCUUUGAAGAAGGCCAAUGUUGGUAUUGCUGUUGAGGGAUGUACUGAUGCUGCUCGUUCUGCUGCUGAUAUUGUCUUGCUUGCUCCUGGUUUGUCCACUAUUAUUGAUGGUGUCAAGACUUCUCGUGCUAUCUUCCAACGUCUUCGUUCUUAUGCUCUAUAUCGUAUCACAUCAACCAUUCACUUUUUGUUAUUCAUGUUUAUCAUUACUUUGGUUGAAAACUGGAAUAUGCCUGCUAUCUUGUUGAUUAUGAUCUGUGUAUUGAACGAUGCUGCUACCUUGGUAAUUAGUGUUGACAAUACUGAAAUCUCUGAACGCCCUGACAAAUGGAGAAUUGGUCAAUUACUCACUUUGUCUACUAUUCUGGCUAUUCUUCUUUCAGCUCUCUCUUUUGCUCAUUUCUAUAUUGCUCGUGACGUCUUCCAUGUUACUCCAUAUCAAUUGCACUCUAUCAUGUACCUGCAUAUCUCCUCAGCUCCCCACUUUGUUAUCUUCUCUACUCGUGUCCCUGGUUAUUGGUACAAGAAUAUGCCUCAUUGGAUUUUUACUGUUUGUAUUCUUGCUACUCAAGUGCUUGCUUUAUUCUUCUCUGUUUAUGGCGUAUUUGGUGAAAAUGAACGCGUUGCUCCUUGUGGAUGGGGAUGGGGUAUGUCUGUUCUUGCUAUCUCUCUUGUUUACUUUAUGUUCCUUGAUGUUGUCAAAGUAUGGGUCUUUAGAAGAUGGAACUUUGCUCUUACUGCCAAACUGGCUCCUACCCCUAAACGUCGUGCCAAAUUGGAACAUCGUGGUAAAGAACAACAUCAAAGAGAACGCUUGGAAGGCGCUUGGGCAAACAUUCAAGAUCCUGUGGAUGCUUAUCAAAUUGUUGCUGCCUUCAAGAACGCUGCCAAAUAAUUCCUUUAUACAUAAGAAAGAAACACAAAGAUUUACGUAUUACAUUUUACUAUCUAAUAAACAUUAAAGCUGUACAUUCCCCUUUUC